GCAGAAGAUGGCAAUGUUGACCGCUCUUGGUUUGUUAGUGUGGUUGCUAGGAUACCAGUUCAACGGAGAUGCUAGUCUUUUUAGCUAACUAGCUAGAUGAGUUAAGUAGUCUGCAAGCGUUAUGACACAAACGUUUGCAUAAAAUGUCAGACACAGACUGUAUUCAAGAUGUUCAGAAGCCGAAGGGCGUAUUCUCUACUUUAUUGGCCGAUGGGGAUUGGCUGUACAUUAAAGGAGAAUAUAAAAAGGCUAUAGCUAGCUACACAACGGCACUGAUUUUAAAGCCUGAUGACAAGACCUGCUUUGUUGGUCGAGCCAAAUGUUACCUGAAGAUGGGGCAAUCAGACAACGCUUUAAAAGCUGCAGAGGCUUCACUCAAACAAGACAAGUCAUUUUUUGAGGGUUUGUACCAGAAGGCUGAAGCAUUGUACUACAUGGGAGAAUUUGAAUUUGCCCUGGUGUUUUACCGCAAAGGACAAAAGUUGCGACCACAAAUACAGGAGUUCAGACUGGGUAUCCAGAAAGCACAGGAGGCUAUAGAAAACUCUGUUGGCAAUCCUUCCUUUGUAAAACUGGAGAUCAAGGGAGACCUCUCAUUUCUCCAAAAAGAUGAGGAGAGGGCACAGCCAGUUGCUGCUAUUCCGAAUCUGACGACAAAGAAAAAACAGCCGACCCAGAAGACCCCUAAGAGUGCGAAGACAACCAAACAACUGCUGGGAGAGUUUUACAGUGACAAGAAAUAUCUAGAAAACCUGCUUAAAGAUGAAGAUUUGGUAAAAGGCAAGACGAAAAGUGGGGAACAAUUGCAGGACGUCAUUCAGGGCUGCCUCACAUACCUUGACACUUGCACCGAGUUCUGGAACCAGGAGAAACCUAUCUCUGCACAGGAAAAAGAGCAUAAGCUCGAGCAGCAAAAACCCCUUCCAAGCGCACCCUCUGAUCCUGUUCAGUUUCUACUGAAGUGCUUGGAUGACAUUGAUGCAGAUUUGAUGUCUGGAAAUGCAGAAGGUAGUCUCAAUAAGGCAGAAGAAGUCAUGACGAUUGUGCAGGGCUGGUCAGAGAAAGAGGUGCCUAAUAAGAAAGAGCUUUUGGGCAACCUGCACAGUUGUAUUGGGAAUGCCUUUAUCGACCUGGGAGACCUUGGCAAAGCUUUAGACCAUCAUCAUAAAGACUUGGAGUUCGCUAAACUGUGCAAAAUCCCAGAUGCAAUGUUCAGGGCUCUGGACAACAUUGGGCGAAUUUAUGCUCAAAUUGGACAGUUUUCACAGGCCAUUGAGUUCUGGGAGAAGACGAUUCCGUUGGUCCGUGGUGGUUUGGUGAAGACCUGGUUGUUUCAUGAGAUUGGUUGGUGUUACCUGGAGCUCAAUUGCCACAAAGAAGCCCGAGACUGUGGCAUCCGUUCAGUCGCUGCAGCUGAUGAAAUUGCUGAUGAGAAAUGGCAGAUAAAUGCCAAUGUUUUGGUGGCACAAUCAGAAUUGAAACUGGGAGACUUUGAAUCCUCUGUCUCCCACUUUGAGAGAGCCUUGACCCUGGCCCAACUGCAAGAGGACCACUCUGCCAUGAAUGUCAUUCAGAAGGCCCUUGAUGAAGCAAAGCAACACCUACCACAGUGACGAUGUUCAGUCAAGAUGCAUGGUGAUACGUUGUGAUUCAGACUGCUAAGGGAGAAAAAGACCUACAGAAGACUACAAUCGUCAAAUAAAAGUUAAUAGAACAAAAGAGACCAAUAAAAGUCAUCUCCCUCAAACGGUUAACUGAAA